GACCAUUGGUGGAGCGCAGGAUAGCGGUGCGGUAGAUAGACUGCCGCUACGCUAUUGGGGGAGGGAAGAAAAACUGUAUUGUACCGUUAAAAAAAAAGACACCAGAAAACAACAAUAUCAAGGUGGAAAUAGAGAGCGGGAGACGCGGCUGCUCGAACAUAUUUACCUGUCAAAAUACUUCGGAUGUCAGCAUGGCUCAGAUGUUUACUAUAUCAGACAGCGAAUCAGAGCCCUCAGAGGAUGUAGGAGAAACAGAAACUGACCAAUCGGCAGCCGGAAAGGGGAUGACUGGCGGCCCACUAGGCCACGCCCUCACCGUGCCUGAGAUGAGAAUGGCAGGAGAGGGUCGAUUGAGGAUGAACUCAGAGUCCCAGGCCCAGGAGCUCCAGGGUAGUGGGCCAGGGGUGGACGGCGUGCCCACAGACGGAGCAUCUUUCCGGGUUCGCUCCCAGUCGGCCCCCCCUGCCCUCUGGGCGGCCAAGAAAUAUGGACGGCAGCUCCGACGCAUGAGUGACGAGUUUGAUACAUGGCUGGAUAAAGGGGAGAUGAGGCGGGUGAAGAGUGCGGGAGCAGCCAAACAGAUGACAAAGUCCCCCAGCUGGUGGGCCUACCUGUUCAGCCACCAAGAGACAGAGACUGAACACACCUCUACCAUCCCACCACGAUCAUCUGAGUAGAGAGGGAGGGAGGGAGACAGACAGAGAGAGAGGGGGGUGGAGGGAGAGGAAGGAGAGAGGGGUGGGCCUACCUCUUCUCUCACCAAGAGAAAGAACACACCCGUAAUCGUACCGCUAUUGAACCACGGUCAUCUGAGUAGAAAGAGGAGGAUGGAGAGAGAGAGAGAGAGAGAGGGGGACAGAAGAUGGAUUGAAAAAGAAAGGGAGAGAUGGGCCUACCUGUUUUCUCACCUGCUACUGAACCACAAUCAGCAAAGUGUAGAGAGAGAUGGAGGGAGAGUGACAGAGAGAGAGGGAUGGAGGGAGAGGAAGGAGAGAGAGGGAUGUAGGG